AUGCCCCCGAUAAACCAGAGGUUUCAUACCCAAUAUGCACACGAUCCACGGCAUCUGAAGGCUCUGGUACCGCAAGAAGACUCAACAACAGUGGAAGAGCAUUUGGAGUACUACCAAGAUCCCUACCAGAGGGGUUACGCUCAACCAGAUGGACAGAAGUUACAGGUUUCGGAAAACAGACGAGAUGUGGAAUACCCAACGACGGAGGAAACCUUUAGGGCCGAUGACGAAACAAAAAAGUUGAUCGCCAAGUUAUGCAACGCCGUCUCGUACAAGCUGCGCCAUCCAUACCGAACGACACUCGAGCCAAUAUACAAUAUGUAUCUUGAAUUGCCCCAGCCAAGAAUGCUGCACCUCACAUGGCAGUGGCGGAAUAGACUACUCAAGGUCAUGGGAAUGCCACCAAAGCGAAACUCGGAAUCGAUGCUGCGUUACUUUGCGCUUGUCGCUGAUGUCAAAAGCGCAGGGUUGACGUUGCGAAGGGCACAAUGGAACUAUGCGUUGGCAUUUGCUACAAAAUAUUCCGCUCGGGCAACAUCGAAUGAAUUGGAUGCGGCUUUGAGGUUGUGGAAAGAGAUGGAGAAAUCGGCCAAUGUCAAGGGAAACGAAGUCACGUUCAACAUCCUAUUUGAUGUGGCUGCGAAGGCGGGAAAUCAUGUCCUCGCAGACAUGAUUUAUAAAGAGAUGGAGAAUCGAGGGUUUCAGUACAACCGAUACCACCAUGUCAGUUUGAUCCACUAUUUCGGACUAAAGCUGGACUCGAGCGCAAUCCGAGCUGCUUACAAGGAUAUGGUCGAGGCUGGCGAGAUGAUAGACACUGUUGUGCUCAAUUGUGUAAUAUCAGGUCUUUUGCGAUGUGGCGAGGAGUCAGCAGCAGAGCUGACGUACCAGAGGAUGAAGGCCGGGCAUGAGAUGGCGCCCAAUAUCCCGGAUAGAGACUACGGGAUGGGGCGGGUUGUCACCAAGGUGCUGAUGAUGUUUACGAGAAUUGGCAGGAAGCACCCCGAGCUUCAAAAGCCACUGCAGACACAGAUGCAGCUUUCGCCCAAUCUUCAUACCUACAAGCUCUUUGUUGAGCACUACUCGGUCAAAGUUGGAGAUCUGGCCAAGGUCGCGCAGUACCUUGACGAGAUGAAAUUCCUCAACAUUCCGAUCCAUGCCACUAUCUUUCUGGCCUUGUUAAAGGGCUUCUACUCUCAUGGCGGCUACAGUGGCUCACAGUGGAGUGAGCAGCGUCUGGAAGGAGUGCUGAAAGCCAUGUACCAAGCAAGAGACGAGAGUAUCAGAGGAUUUACCAUUGAUACAUGGUUAGUCAUCUGGGCUUUGCGAGCAGCCAAAAAGUGCGGUUCUGAUGAGAUGGUUGUCCAGGCGUACGAUGAGAUGGCGCAGCGCUGGGAUAUUCCUUCGAACCGACACCCAUUCAUACAGUCGAUGCUACAGAGCAUCCUUGACGGCGUAGAUAUGAAAUCUCCAACGGGUAGAUGGGAUGGCCCGUCGUAUCGGAGAUAUAAGAAAGAUGGGACGAGAUUAUGA